CUGAACCCCAUUCCCCAAUCCUCUCCCACAUUCCUCAAGCUCCAAUACCCUUCUCUCUAUCUUCAUCACAGACUGAUCUUCCCAACUGAAGAGCUCACAGCUUGUGAACUCGAAACAACAAUGGAGCUACUGAAACAACCUCAUCAUUGCUUCCUCGUUUUCUUGUUUGGCCUUGUGCUGCUGUUCCCCGCUGCAUUGUCGUGGAAAGAUGCCGUGACUCACGUCCAUCAGUUCGUUAUUCAAGAAGCGUCAGUGAAGAGGCUGUGCAAGACCCAACAUGUGAUGACAGUGAACGGGAUGUACCCCGGGCCAACCUUGGAGAUCAAGAAUGGUGACACCCUCUCGGUCAAAGUCAUUAACAAGGGAAAAUACAACAUCACCAUCCAUUGGCAUGGAGUGAGGCAAAUGAGGACCGGGUGGGCCGAUGGGCCAGAAUUCGUGACCCAGUGUCCGAUCCGACCAGGAGGCAGCUACACGUACCGGUUCACGGUUCGUGGUCAGGAAGGAACCCUCUGGUGGCACGCCCAUAGCACAUGGCUCCGCGCCACCGUCUACGGUGCUCUUCUCAUCCAGCCCAGAGAGGGCACCAAUUUCCCCUUCGCUAAACCAAACCGUCAAUCCACUCUCCUUCUCGGGGAAUGGUGGAAUGCAAACCCGGUCGAUGUGGUUAGGGAAGCGACCCGAACCGGUGCGGCCCCAAAUAUUUCGGAUGCUUACACCAUUAAUGGCCAGCCGGGAGAUCUCUACAACUGCUCUAAGCAAGACACCGUCGUGGUCCCAAUCAGCUCCGGCGAGACCAACCUCCUCCGAGUGGUCAACUCCGCCAUGAACCAGCCGCUCUUCUUCACCAUCGCCAACCACAAAUUCACCGUCGUCGGAGCAGACGCAUCCUACGUCAAACCAUUCACCACCUCCGUCCUAAUGCUCGGUCCCGGCCAGACCACCGACGUCCUCAUCUCCGGCGACCAGACCCCGGGCCGCUACUACAUGGCCGCACGUGCCUACCAGAGCGCCCAAAACGCACCGUUCGACAACACCACCACCACCGCCAUCCUCGAGUACAGCAAGUCCUCCUCCGCCGCCAAACCGAUCAUGCCACGUCUCCCGGCCUUCAACGACACCCCGACGGUCACCGCCUUCAGCACCAGCUUCCGGAGCCGGGAGAAGGCCCUGGUCCCGGCCCAGGUCGAUGAAAACCUGUUCUUCACAGUGGGCCUGGGCCUGAACAGCUGCCCGCCCAACUUCAACAAGACCCAGCAAUGCCAAGGGCCCAACGGGACCAGAUUCACCGCCAGCAUGAACAACGUCUCGUUCUCUCUCCCGUCCAACUUCUCCCUCCUCCAGGCCCAUAAGCAGGGGAUCCGCGGCGUCUUCACCACCGACUUCCCCGCCGCGCCGCCGCGGGUGUUCGAUUACACCGGGAACGUCAGCCGGUCGCUCUUCCAGCCGGCGACGGGGACCAAGCUGUACAGGUUGAAGUACGGGUCGAGGGUUCAGGUUGUGCUUCAGGGUACCAGCAUCGUGACACCGGAGAAUCACCCGAUUCAUCUCCAUGGGUACGAUUUCUACAUCAUCGCUGAAGGGUUUGGGAAUUUCAAUCCCAAGACCGAUUCUUCGAAGUUCAAUCUCGUGGAUCCGCCUCUGAGGAACACUGCUGCUGUGCCUGUUGGUGGGUGGGCGGUUAUCAGAUUCGUCGCGGAUAAUCCAGGUGUGUGGCUGAUGCACUGUCAUUUGGAUGUUCAUAUCACGUGGGGGCUGGCCAUGGCGUUUUUGGUGGAGGAUGGAGUUGGGAAAUUGGAAGCCAUAGAGCCGCCUCCAGAGGAUCUUCCAAUCUGUUCAUGAAUGAGUAAUUGAGGAAGAACAAGAAGAAGAAGAAGAAGAAGAAAGAAGAAGGGAUGGACUGUUUUUACACAUCCAUGGGAGUAGUGUGUAUUUGGCCCUGCAUUUGGGGAAAUUAUGUAUUUGGGUAUUUCUUUAUAGUUUUGAGUCAGUCGGGUUUUGGUACAAUCAAUUGAUUAUCUCAGUGUAAGUUUUCUUUGUUGUUGUUGUUGUUGUUGUUGAAGUGAAAUGGAUCAAGUAACUCUGUAGUUCAACAUCAGUCUUGCAAUGGCAUGGGCAAAGAGUG